UACCAACGACCAACCUUAGCCUGUAGGCGGAGGCGCAGAAUAAUGAGUAAAAGUAAAAAACGUGUUUUUAAAAAAAGCCGAGUAUUUUGACUACUGCGCUUUCCAAAAUGCGACUUUCCAUACAAAAUCAACCAAGGUUAUUCAAUGUGCGUGUGUGGAUGUCUAUAUAUACCGUACUGUACUCCCGUCCAUUUCUCGUGUGUUUGGUCGAUCUGAGCUUCGGCGAUCGUUGCUGUGCGUCCGCUCUCUUGUAACCGGGCGCAGCCGUCCGAUUUCUCUCGUGGCAGCAAUGGUCGUGGCCGCCCCGCGCCGCCGUUCUCCUCCGAGCAGAAAAUCUGCUGCGCUACGCGCUAUGGACGUCAAUCCUGCACCGGCGUCCUUCCGCCGCGGAUUAGCCAACGCGCAUUUUCUCAAAUGGAGCGCUUCCGACGUAAUCGGCAUCGCGCGGAACCACAAGGUGAUGUGCGCUUUUGCCGCCUCUCUUUUUUUCUUCAUGGCGGUUGAAUACACUCUCAGCAUGGUUCCGUCGACGGCUCCGCCGUUCGAUCUCGGAUUCGCUGCUACCGCGAUGCUCAACCGCUUUCUAGCCGCUAGGCCUGAUUUAAAUAACGUUCUGGCUGGGCUUAAUACGGUCUUUGUGGGAAUGCAAACAGGGUAUAUUCUGUGGUCUUGGCUAAUUGAGGGGCGAUCCAGAGCUACCAUUGCAGCACUCUUCAUGUUCACAUGUAGAGGAAUCCUUGGAUAUGCUACACAGCUUCCAUUACCUGAGGGGUACUUGGGGUCAGGUGUGGAUUUCCCAGUGGGGAAUGCAUCGUUUUUCCUGUUCUAUUCCGGGCAUGUUGCUGCAGCAGUUAUUGCCUCACUGGACAUGAAACGUGUGCAGAGAUGGGAAUUGGCAUACUUAUUUGACUUGCUAAAUGUUUUGCAAGUGAUGAGGCUGCUAGCAACAAGAGGGCACUACACAAUCGACUUGGCAGUAGGGUUGGGGGCUGGAAUUCUGUUCGACUCCCUUGCAGGCAAGUAUUUAAAGUUAAGAUAUGAUAUCAAAUAAUUACACACACACACACACACACACACGGCCUUCUCCACACUCAUCUUGCUAGUUCACAACUAACAUAUUGCAUCAGUUAUAUAUAUAUAUAUACACACACACACACACCAUACAAGAAUGCCUGUUGUAGGAAAAAGAAUGAACCUUUUUGCGGUUCUUCCAAGUCUUGAUAAUUUCUUGAAGUUGUGAGUUUGGUUUAUAUAUAAUCAAGCUAUGUAAUAUGAUAUUUAUAUACACACGCACAAAUAUAUAUAGUAGUAAGAGUUGUGCUUUUUUUCAUUAAAUUAACUUCGGUGUUUUGAUGUUA